AUGACUGCAAAGGAACUCCACCUUUCGAAUCCUAGCCAUCCAGCACAGAUUACCCUUCGUACCUACAUCCUUGCCAUCUCACUCUCGCUCGGACCUGCUCUUACCCCCUUCGUUUCGUCUUUCCUUCGCUCAAAGCCAUCGUCAAAAUACAACAGGAAGGCCCUCAAGGUACUUCUACGGCAAGAGCUGGGUUUUGGUGGAUUCGCCUUUGCAGUCACACUCUCCGUGGGUGUUGGGGCAACCGUGAGGCAUCUAUGGGCCGGCUUUGACAAAAAGUCCUCGCCGGACAGCAAGUACAUCAAGAUUGCAAAGGAAAAGCUUGCAUAUUCCAACCUUACAUCCGCCCAGAAAACCUUUGUUUCAUAUGCCUUGUCAUCUGCAAUCGGUAUACUCCUUCUACAAAAAGGUCGUAGACGCUCCAAUAUCCAGAAUACGCCUUCACGCACUCUAGACUUGACUCUUCUGCUCUUCGUCAGAGCUGUUGAUGCCCUCGUACAGUCCUUCGUUUACAAGCGAUCUUCUCGUGUCCGUGUCAGAGAACGGUCCAGCAACGUCGAGCAUCGACCAGACCUACUCAGGCAGCGCCCACUGAACGAGAACCAUCAGAGAGUAAGGAUCGAUAUGCGCAGACUCACUGCAAGGAUUGAUGCACUCGUUUUCUGGGCGUGUAGUGCCAGAAUCAUGUGGUGUUUCUUUUACCAACCGGAUAGACUGCCGCGGUCCUACGUCAAAUGGAUCAGUGCCCUCGCCAAUGUCGAUGCCCGAUUACUCAGAGCCUUGAGGCUGAUGUAUGAAGGCCAGUGGUCGUAUACUCAAGGUUAUACCUCACUCCCUGCUCUACUGGAGACAUAUGCGAAUGAUCUUGGUUUCCCCGGUGCUUGGGGAAGCCCAUCUGUACUACCCUCGGUUGGCGGUCAGAAAGCCGAUAUCAUCUGGAAUGAAUUGGGCGUGACCGGUCGCUCCGGAGUAGGUGGCCUCCCAUGCGAACUUGUACACGGAGGUGUGGGAUCACAAAUCGGUUUGGCUGGAAGCUGUACAGCAAAUGCGGGACUCAGAGCAGCAAGAGCACUUGUUCAGUCUAUGGCAAUCUAUCUUCCAGUACAUUUCUUCCCUGUCCUACUGACACGUCCAAAAUCGCUGCUUCGACCCCAUCAUAUCGUUGCCACUUUAAUCAGCGCGCUCAGAAGUGCCUCUUUUCUCACUUCCUUUAUCGCAUCAUAUUGGUAUGCAGUGUGUCUGACCCGUUCCCUCCUUUUGGCCCGCGUUUUCUCCUCUGUGUCUCAUGAUUUCUGGGACGGACCGUAUGGUUGUAUCUUGGCUGGUUGCUUGUCAUGCGGAAGCAGUAUCUGGAUAGAAAACGGCCGUAGAAGAGGAGAGAUGACGCUUUAUGUCUUGCCUCGGGCAAUUAGAACAAUCCUGCCGGACGCGUGGAUUAAAAGCGGCAAUCGAGGUGUUCUUGCAGCUGAGCGCCUCGUGUUUGUCCUCUCUUUCUCGUCACUCGUUGCUACCGCUAUCCAUCGAACAGAUUCCUUACGUGGUCUUUCACGAUGGACCCUCGCGUUUAUAAUGAACGGACCUGAUACUGGGUUCUGGAAAGGGCGAACGUCUGUUGAUCCAAGUAUUCCAGUAACCCCUGAUUCUCCAGCGGAGCGAUAG